AUGGAUAUAAACGCUUCAAUCCCUGCGUCCGAAAUCAGUAAAUCAUCCAACGAAGACGGACUACUGGCUUCAUCAAUUUAUCCGUCAGAAGAUCCAUCUACCGUUCCAAAAUCUGUUCAACAUUUAAUGUUGUGCGAUGCUACUGUAAACAUGCAUUCAUGGACUAAUUUAGCUAGAUGUAUGAAAUUUAUACAAAAAUAUGGGCGACUUAAAAACCAUUCUUUUACUUGGAUGCGGCGCACUCUACAUAGUUUAUCACGCACUGCCACACCGCAACAAAUAGAUAGCAUUCUAAAUGGCUAUGCUGAUCUAUACCAACUCGACCUUAAUAUCAUACGAUUUUCUGAUGAUUGUACAAUUCAUAAAAGAGAUAUUUCUUCGUAUGGAGGAACGUCAAGCAAAAUCAAACAGAAACGUCGUUGUCGUAAAAUUGCUUAUAUUAUGUAUGAUUUUGAAAAACUUUUAUUUGCACCGUGGUAUGCUACUCAUAAAAAUGGUGAAUUGCAAACAUGUUUCGCCAACAGCGAUGAAAAUAUCAUGGAUAAUAUAGUAGGAUCAAUUGACUAUAGGAAUUUCGAGAUAUUGCAGAAUCCUACUUCAUCAGUAGAUGACAUUACUGAUAAGGAUGAAGCUACAGUUUAUGCUGAACCAUCACAUAAAAUUGAUAAAUCAAGUAACUUGUGCCUUGCAAAAUCGAGCGCUAUGAAUUUCACUUAUUGUGCCGAUGCUCGACCCUUUCAAAAUGAAGCUGUUUUGAGGACGACGAUGACCGGUGAAGAUAAUGCGCAAUAUAUUACAAGACUUGUUCCUGAAUCAGUUUCACACUGUCAAGUCAAAGAAAUCUUCACAAACCAAAACUAUUCAUUAGGUAACGACCUCAAUUCAUCAACUGGUACAGGUUCAGUUGAAAAAGUGUCGGGCAAUAUUGAUUACCUGAUGAUUUUGCGCUCUGAUGGCAGACCUCUUAUUGAAGAAUUUGGUGAUGCUAAAUCGAUGGAAACCAAUGAUCAACAACAUAUUGCUAACGAUAAUGUUAGAGGAGGAGAAUGGGUUUCAAAAAAUAUUAGAAUAAAUACAACACAAAGUAAAAUUGGAUAUCCAAACGUAGAUACUAGCUCUUCCAAAAAUAUAAUUACUGCUACUUCCAUCUGCGCAUUUCCGAGUACUGCGCAGCCGACAACAAUAAAUGAACCUCAAACUUUAGCAAUGGACAGUUUAAUGCAACCAUACGGUUUACUAAAAGUAACGAAGAAUCCGAAGCGUUAUAGGCGCGUUCGUAUGUUAAAAGAUUUACAAAGAAAUAAGUGUCCAUUAAUACAAGCUGGUGAAGGCAGGGAACAGAGAAAAUAUCCUGAGAUUGAAGUACCAAUUAAUGAUGAUGUAGAACUUUUUGUUCGUAUUCGAGCUACUACGGAAGACCAACAACCACAUUCAGAUCAAACUGUUGCACCUGAAAAUGCACGUGUCAAUUGGGAACUGAUGACAGAUCGCAAUGAACGAACUUGUUUACAAUGUGAUCCGGGCAGUUUUGAUGCAAGAACAGGAUCUGUUUACUUAAAAAUCAAUAAUGAUGAACGUCGACUGCGCAGAAAAACAAUUAAAAUUCGCCUUUUAAAAUGUAAACGGAUUGGACUAUCAAUUGAAGACGAUUUUCAAAGUGCAGAUCUGAGAAAAUGUAGGAUUGAAUUUCAACUAUGUACACAAGACACUUCCGGUCAAUAUCAACUGGUAUCCCAGCCUUCCUACACAACUAUCAUCGAAUUACAGGAUGGCGAUGUAGCAAUUGAUCCAGAAGAGGUUGAACCAAAACAACUAUGUGAACUAGGUGCUGAGAAAAUUAGUGUACCCUUAAGCGUUGCAUGUAAUAAAAAAGAUUUUCGUAUUAAAUUGAAUGGAAUUGAAUUAAAACGUACGGAUUUUAUCAUCACACGGAAAAGCUUAUUAUUAACUUCACCGCCUAAAGAAAAAGGCAUUGAGCAACUUCAUUUAGUUAUUAUGAAAACAGAACAUAUUGAAGAAACUGCAAUAAAAGAAGAACAUGAACUGUAUGACGGCUAUAUACAAUAUGUUACACAUGAUAAAUGCAUGCACAGUCGUUCAUGA